CUUGUAUUUGUCUACUUGAAGAUUUUCCGUCCUUUAUAAAGGAUAUUUAGCUUGAGAUAGUAAAAAUCCUUGAUAUUACGUUCAUUAGAGCCAAAUGUACUUGGAGGGCAUUUGUUAAAUCCAAAUCUUGAACAUUCCGAAUGCUCCGUACUCUCCAUCUUCCGAAAACACCAACCGAGAUAAUAUGCCCGCCGACUCCUGCCUGCAGCAAGGCAUUAAUAAGGACUGCCACUUCUGCAGAUUCCGCCGGCUAAGGAAUGACCAAGGUGCCGCUGAGGACCAUUUCUCAGGACGACGGUAAGGCUCCUCACCUGACCCACCAUUUAUAUCUCCCAAGCGGCUCUCUUGUUUUAUCCUCGUACAGUCUCCUCGCACUGUACUCCAUUAAUAUCGGAAGGGAGAGGGGAGGAGGCGCCGAUCCAGAUGAGAUGGAAGUAGAGGGUGCCAGGGUAAGCUCCAGUAAUGCCAACCGUGUAAUUUGUUUUGAUGUCAUAUGGAGCGCAAAUAGCCUUUCCGAAGCGUGCGAGUAUGCACACUAA